ACAAAGCAGGGCCCAAGAUCCAAAGCCACAAGAAGCAAUGCCUUCAAAAAACAACUCUUCAAGAGGCAAGCCGUUAUCGUUGCAAACAUUGACAAUAAAAGAGACUUGCGCCCCGGUAACUUUUACACUCAGUUAUCAAAAUAAAAACAAUAACAGCAACUUGCUUUGACAAAUCUUCGCUCAGUGCGAUGGGUCACCUUCCCUGAAAGGAGCACAGUAAUGCAUAAACCCACUAAUGGAGCCACGGCAGACUCAAGAUUUCACCUAAUUAUUAUUAUUAUUAAAUUUAAAUUCCAAUAACUUUUUUAUUUUCUAGCAAAAGAAAAAAAAGUUACACAAGAUUCUUUCUCUCUUUAUUCAUUUUUCCCUCAAAAUUUUCCAGACAGAAAUGAAGAUAUUAAUUGCGAGAUUGGCUCCAAAGCGAAAGAUUUGAUGAUGGAAUCAAAAGAGAUAUCCGAAGAGGGGGACAAAACAACCUCACUAAUUUUUCAAACUUUAAUUUACUUUUUAGCUUUCAGAAUCUUUCUCGUAAAGUUACCCACCUGAAAUGAAAAAAAAAGAAACGAAAACACAGUUGUCGAGAAAAAUGGACGGCAAUGAGCAUGUGCGACUUCGGAGGAUUUCACUCAAAACUUUUUCAUGCUUUAAUGCGCGUUUAAUUCACGCUCAUAAAGGAAAGAGUCAAGAAGUGUAUUUCAUUUUUCCUGCCCUUUCGUUGUGCCAUUGCCUUCGCCAUCGCUUAGACGACUCGUCGACUUUCCAAUAAAAAAAAGCAUCAUACUUUGUUGUCAAUGGAAGUUAUUGCCUCUGCCAUUUUGUAUAUUGCUUAUUGUUUACAAGAUUAUAUUUUUUAAAGGGAAGUUAAUGCUUGUUGUUUUUAUAAUUAGGGGAAAAGCGCCUUCGCUUGAUCUCCUCUUCUAUGUCUAACCUUCCCUUUCUCUCAUGUUAUAUAUAACUUUUUUAACCCCCUUCUAUUUUUGGCAUUUCCCUUCCCCUCUCUCUCGCUUGAAGGAACUAAAACUUCGCUAAUCAGACAACUAAAAUAUUAGUAAUAAUAAAAGCAAGUAAGGAAACAUCUCUCCUGUUUCUCUUCCACUUAUGCUUGAUGUUAUUGCUUAUUUAUUUCUUGUAUCAUUUGCAUUACCUGGGUUUCAAUUCCUUUUAUUACAUCACCUUUUUUUUUCCCGUUACAAAAGAGUUACUGCUUUGAUUCUCUUUCUGAAGAAUUUAAAUCUGUUGGGAAUUUUUAACCGAUUGGUUGUCUUUUCUUAUCUUUUUUUUUCCCUCAGGGGUUCCUUUUUUUAAAUUUUGCAUUACAGGGUGUUAGUACUGUAGGAGUCAUUACAUUUACAGUCAAGGUACUGGUAUUCAAACUGUAUACUUUGUGUAUCAAGGGGCAAUUUUUUAUUGGAUUUUUUGAAGCUUAUAUUGUGGAAGCUUUCAUGGUUUGGGGUUAGUGAGAGAAUUUGAGGAUUAAGAGCAUAUAAAAGGGAACCCUUUUCAUAUCUUUGUGUAUUCUGUGAUAAGCUUUACUUGAAGAGGAUGGUAUCUCGUAGAUUCUGCAGAAUAAAUGAAAAAGUUUGAAUCUUUUAGUUGGCAUGGCUGACAAUUUAAUUAACAAUGUAAGAUGAGAUAAAAGGAAGUGUUUAGAAAAUGGAAACCAAGGAAGAAGCUGAAGGACAUGAAGACCAAUCACAAUCAACAAUUUGGGAAUUGGACCAUGGUUUUGAGGAGGAGGCUGUGAAAGUGGAUGGGGGAGUUCAGAAUCCCGUGCACUCUGGAAGCACUGCUUCUCCAAGGCUGCUGCCAUUGGGGCAUAGGCGCACUAAGAGUGAAUUCACAACUGCAGGACACAAGCGUACCAAUAGUUUCCAGAGAUUGAAAACUCAGAUGCAGAGGGCUUGGCGAUGGGGUGGCAAUUCAAGGGAUGAAAGAUAUCGGCCAAGCUUCAAUCCUGAGGUUUUGGCAAACCAGAAACGCCAGUGGUACCAACUCCACUCCAAAUCUAUGGAUCGUAUUAAAUAUGAGCACCCAAAGUCAAUCUUUGAGCACUUCAUUAUUGUUGGGAUUCAUCCAGAUGCUAGUCUUGGGGAGAUGGAAAAAGACUUUGCUAAAAGGAAGAAGUGGGAGAUGGAGAUGAAAAAAUCUGGAAUCAUAGAUCUUAAGAUAAUACAGCAUCAUGGACCUCCACUUCCAACAUUUGAACCUCAGUUACUUUUCAGAUACCCUCCUGGGAAGAGGAUACCUAUGCGUUUGAAGGACUUAGCCAACUUUUGUUUUCCUGGGGGUGUUAAGGGACGAUUGCUGGAAAGAACCCCGUCAUUUAGUGAUCUAAAUGAGCUUCUUUAUGGACAGGAGCAUUUGGCCACAGACGAUUUAGCAUUUAUUUUUUCACUUAAGGUGGCAGGCAAUGUUACGGUUUAUGGUGUUUGCUUACAUAUACCGGAACUUGUUCAGAGGCAGCCUGGUAUUUUAGAUGGUACAUCGCCUAUUCCAACGUCAACUGGAGCAUGCAGCCAGCUUAUGGUAUCUGCACCUCGUUGCUAUUGUUUGCUAACUAGAGUGCCUUUCUUUGAGUUACACUAUGAGAUGUUGAACAGGUUAAAGUUGAUUCCUCUCCCUCAUGACCCCUGGAAUUCUUUGUCUUUGAAAUUUGAGGUAGAUGUUAAACGUAAUUAUAAAGCUGUUGAUGCCCUCAUUCUCAAUGUCUCUUUUUUUUUACUUGCAUGCAGUAUCAUUGCACAGGAGCGCCUGAAUCGAAUAACAGAAUUUGUUAAUGAAAUGUCUUUGUCUCUCAAUGAUUAUGCGCCAUCUGUCACCAAACUAGAUGAACAAAUGAAUGAUAAUACUGAGUCUCUAGAUGGGGAGUAUGUUAAUGAUUGGAUGGCUUCUGCAAUAUCUGUUAACAAUGCCUUAACUCAUAGUCCCAUUGCUGCUGAAAUUAUUGCCGAUGAUGAGGUUUCAUCUGUUUCACUAAAGAUAAGUUCACCGAUGUCACCUGAAAGUGUAGCAGCAAGUGAGGCUUCAGAUUUGGGUCACCUUAGCGAAAUAGAAAAGGAUGGUAGAAAAAAUGUGCUAUACUUUGACGAUAAUAUAUCUGAAACCUCAGAAUAUCGCUCCGAUGCUUUGGAAAGAAUUAAUGGGAACUAUGAAAAUGGACAAGCUUCUCCUGAGAUUGGAACAUUUGUUGGCAUGAGAAGCCGUACUAUGGACAGAAUGGGAAGUUCUCAAUCCCUAUUCAGUCCAACUAGAAGCCUGGCAUUAGAGGAUGAUGACGAGGAUGAUGACCUUUUCUCGAAUCCUGAGAGAGAUUUUAGAGAUGACUUCAUAUUGGAGUGGGCUAGGGAAAACAAAAACGAUAUUCUACAGAUCGUUUGUGCUUAUCAUGCUUUACCUAUUCCGCCACAAGGGAAAGAAAUACUUUUUCAGCCUCUUGAGCAUUUACAGGCUAUUGAAUAUGUGAGACCUCCAGUUUCUGCCUUUGGACUGGAUAAAAGCUAUUUAUCUUCGUUUGAACCGUCUGAGGUUGAUGCAAAGUUGGCAGCUGCUGAGGAAGCUUUUGCACUUUCUGUAUGGACAACGGCAACAAUUUGUCGAGUUCUUUCUCUUGAUAGUAUUUUGGCAGUGCUUGCUGGAGUAUUACUGGAAAAACAGGUUGUUGUAAUUUCCCCAAAUCUGGGUGUCUUAUCGGCUGUGGUGUUAUCUAUAGUUCCUUUGAUUCGUCCGUUUCAGUGGCAGAGUUUAUUUCUUCCAGUGCUGCCGAUGAGGAUGCUUGAUUUUCUUGAUGCGCCGGUUCCUUUUCUUGUUGGCGUACAACAUAAACCCAACGAAUUGAAAAUGAAAGCAUCUAAUCUUGUUCAAGUUAAUUUGCUCAAAAACCAGGUGAAAAUGUGUUACUUGCCUACACUUCCUCGACAUAAAGAGCUUGUAACGGAACUAAGGUCAAUACAUUCCAGACUGUCAUAUGAAGGUUCAAUUGCUAACAAACAUCCUACAUAUAGGUGCAAUGAAGUGCAGGCUGAAGCUGCAACGCAAUUUUUGACAGUCAUGCGACAGUACCUCGAGUCACUUUGUGCAAAUCUGAGAUCUCAUACAAUUACUAGUGUACAAUCAAACCAUGACAGGGUUUCUUUACUACUUAAAGAUAGCUUUAUUGACUCUUUUCCUAGUAAGGAGCAGGCGUUUAUUAAGCUGUUUGUAGACACACAACUAUUCAGCGUUCUAUCAGACUCUAGAUUGUCAAGCUUCGAAAAUGAGCACUAACAUAAUCUGAUUAACAGGUACAUAGCAUCAGGAUAAGCUUCCUAGAUGCAAAACUCCAUCAGAUAUAAAGUACUGUAUAGCCUUGAAGAGUGAUGGCCCUCUGAAACACCAUCAGUUGCGACCCUAAGCCCUCAUCGAAUUAUAGAGGGUGCAGUGCUGUAAAAACGUGUACACGCUUGGCAGCGAAAGGUUGCUAAAAUGCUUAGGAACUCAAACUUCGUCCUUGCUUGCAGAUCCUUGUAAAUGUCAAUAGUUUAAUUGAACAGUUCAUACUUUAUAGAGCAACUCUUAUUGAAUGA